GAACAGUGUUUCUCGCUGACAAUAAAUAGUACAUGUAGAUUUCCCGGAAACUUUGAUGCAAAGAGGUUCUGGAGGAGCUCUGCAUCCAGAAGAACAGAUCAAGAUUGCGUAUUUUGUAAAAAAAGGAUUUGGAAAUGCUUAGAGGUGGAUCAACAACUAAUGGCAUCUCGUUGGUGGCAUUCAUAAGGGAGGAGCAUUAGAAAACUACAUACAUAUGUAGAUAUGUUAUAUGUGUAUUUGUAGAUAACACAAUAUUUGAUGCACGCCAAUAUGAAUUCUUUGGGAAAGAUGUAGUGGAGCAUGAUUUGGGGGAGUUGGAUCAUAACAUGGAUGCUCCUCCCAAGGCAAUGGAAGAUCAGAGCCUUCUGUCGUCUGAAGUUGGCAAGUUGAAAAGGAUUAGCCACCCAAGGAGCUCAAAUUGUACUGACGACAUGGUUUUUCCUCCUAUGAAGCUGCCGUCCAUGCGUCACCCUGUGGUGCAACAAGUAUAUUACUAUAGAAGAUCGAGUGGAUUUAUCAAAAGUUUCAACAAUGAAAGGGGCUAUGGCUUCAUAAAACCAUAUAAUGGCGGCAAUGAUAUAUUUGUGCACUACUCUUCUGUCAAAUCUGAUGGGUGCAUUCAAAUGUGGGCUGGAAUGCAAGUUGAAUAUGAAGUUGUUGGCCGUGAGAGCAAACUGCAGGCUAUCAAUGUCACUGGUCCCGGUGGCAUUUUGCUUAAAGGAAGGAAACGAGUCGGUCAUGGUGAGGGGAGCUGCAGCAGCAACUCUGCAAACUACAUUAAUGUCGGACCUUGCUUCAAGUGUGGCCGGUUGGGUCAUUUGGCAAAGAAUUGCUAUCCAGCACAGGAAUCUGUCAUCUUUGUGCCUGGCUCUAAAGCACUGGAAACACAUCCAGAGAAAGUGAAUUCUGGAAGUGACAAUGAAAGAGCCCUGGAAACUGCGGAUCGGCUUCCAAAUGCUUGGUGUUGCGUCUGUCUAAAGGUCGGUCACCUGCCAAACAACUGCACUAGCUGGAUACAUGGUAAGUGAUUUGCGUCAGCCACCGAUCAUAGAACAGCCGUCUAGCCUCUCCUUACAGUUGCAGCCGAAGAAUUUGUGUUUUUCAAAUUUGCUUUUUAAUUAUGCUUACAAGUAAGAAGACUGCCCUUUUACUUGUAAUGAAUUAAUAUGCUUUUCCUUCAAAGACUUGAAAAAGUUGUGUUUCCCAUGUCUACAGUCUACACUUGUAAGUAUUGUUUUUAGAGACAAGGAAGCCUAGGGGUGUACACCGGGCUUUGAAACCCGGCCCGACCUGGUGCUCAACGAGCAGGCUUGAAAUUAUUUUUUAUCA